AUGUCUGAUUUCCUCAGGAGUGCAGUGGACAAGGCCUUACAGAGUGAGAAUGGACACCUGGACCUGUUCCUCCGCUUCCUUCUGGGUCUCUCACUGGAGUCCAGUCAGACUCUUUUACGAGGCUUAAUACCACAGAGAGGAAGCAGCUUUCACAGCGAACAGGAAACAGUCAAGUACAUCAAGGAGAAGAUCAGGGAGAAUCCAUCACCAGAGAAAUCCAUCAAUCUGUUCCACUGUCUGAAUGAACUGAAUGAUCAUUCUCUAGUGCAGGAAGUACAAACUUACCUGAACAGAGAAGAUUACAGGUGUCUCGGUGGAAGCAGUCUCUCUCCUGCUCAGUGGUCAGCUCUGGUGUUUGUGUUACUGAACUCAGAACAGGAGCUGGAUGAGUUUUCAUUGAAUAAAUAUGACCAAUCAGAAGAAUGUCUUCUGAGGCUGCUGCCAGUGGUCAAAGCCUCCAGAAAAGCUGAGCUGCGUGGGUGUAAUCUGACAGAGGAAAGCUGUAGAGUUCUGUCCUCAGUUCUCAGCUCAAACUCCUCCAGUCUGAGAGAACUGGACCUGAGUUACAAUAAACUGCAGAAUUCAGGAGUGAAGCUGCUCUCUGCUGGACUGGAGAAUCCACACUGUACACUGGAGAUCCUGAGGAUGCGUUACUGCAGUAUUACAGAUGAAGGUUGUGCUGCUCUGGCUUCAGCUCUGAGGUCAAACUCCUCAUCACACCUGAGAGAACUGAAUCUGUACUAUAAUAAUCCAGGAGAAUCAGGAGUGAAGCUGCUCUCUGACCUACUGAAGGAUCCACACUGUAAACUGGAGACACUACACAUUAAGGAUAAUAAACUCACCAGGACUGGCGUAUGACAGGAGUCUCCCCUCAAACCUCUUUUCCAGGAUAAAGCAGUUUUGGUGAAGCGUUAGAACCCGUCCCACAUUUCCAGCAGUCUGGGAGCUGAAUCAUUUAUAUUCAGAUGUAGAAGUUCCAUAACAAUAACCGUGACUGAUCACAUCCUUUUAUCCACUCAGCUACAAGUUACUUCAGGCUUUAAUAACAUAUUUUACAAUCCAAAGUCAAAUCCUUCAGCGUCUACACACAACACAGAGAUAUCAUCACAUCAUCACACUGAUUACACAAAUACACAUCCAUGUGUUGUAGCUAUUUAUAGCUUAUUUUUAGCUCCAUUUUUAUUUAACAUUUGUGUCUCCACUGAUGAUUGAUUAAUAGUUGUGAUUCUGAUUUAUUUAUUUUUCCUCUAAAAAUGAUUUUCAGAGCUCUGUUCUUUGUUGCUUAUCUGUUUUUAAUGGUGACCAUGGUAAGAACUCUGUUGCUUGAGUUGUUGUUGUUAUGGUGAUAAAUUAACCUCACUUCUAUCUUACCAGUUCCUUGGGUACAGACCAGCAGGGUUCUUGUCCCAGACUUGAACAGUUUUUGCUGAACGAUAACUAGAUAUUUUGACUGUCUAAUAUAUUUAGAUUUUUUUAAACUGUAACUGAAAAGCUUUAAGUACAUGCACUCUGUAUAUUUGUCAUUUAAUACAGUUUUGUAUAUACGUUGUAUACAAGCACUGUGCACUUUAUUAGGAACACCUGUACACAUUCAUGCAGUAUAUUGGUAAUUUGUAACAUCAAAUAUACAAUAUAUAAGUAAAUAAGCAAAAAAUAAAGGUGUUUUUAAUUUAUUUAUCCUCAUGAGAUGUUUACUGUGGGUCAACAAGCCUCAUUUCUGUUUAUUAACAAGUUUAGUUAUUUACCGUGUUUCCCUAGUUAUGAGGUAAUUUAUGAUAACUAUCAUGUAAUGUUUAAUAUUUACUAAAGAGAUUUUAAAGAAUUUUUUAAAUUUAAUACAAAUAAAUUUAAAUAAUUAGAAGUGUAGAAUUUUGCAGUAGUCAUGGUGAUGAUGAUGAUGAUGUCACAGAGAUGGUACAGAUUUUUUCAUUAGGACUGCUGAAGGUUUGUUUAUUUCUACUUUGGGAGCUUCAUCAUUCACACUCGCAGAUUCAGGUGAGAGA